GGAUUGUAACGCCUGCUUAGAAACAUCUGACAGUUCAGCACAAUCAAAACAAAAACAUUGCUUCCACACCAAAUUUUGAACUUACGUAAAAUAUCUAAACACGUACAAUCUAUUCGAUUUCCGCAAGAAAUAUGGCUCUUGUUCGAUCUUUUCAACUCCUCGUCCCGCUGGUGGCGCCCCGGUGCGUUCCCAUUCAGCAAAGCCUCGCCGGCAAUGUUGGUGCUACUGUCCUGUCGGAAGUCGGCUCCAUUGUGGGGGGCGCGUGGUCAACCCUGUCAGCGCGCACCGUCAUCCGGAACCAGUUCCCGCGGGCCCGGGAAACGAAGCGCGUUCGCGUCCACGGCUGGUGGAAGCGCAUGGCCACGGCCGAGGGACGCCGGCUGCUGAUGCGGCGGAUCCUGAAGGGUCGGCAUUCGAUUUCGCAUUAAGGUUGUUCGCGGGGGUUGUUUUGUGGAUAUUGUAGCAAUAAAUCGGAUCGCUUAAAUUGA